UUCUAUACAAACACACGUGCAAACAUCAACGGUUUCAUCUAGAAAGAAAGUAUCCGGGGUUUUCAUAUAGGAAAACGCUUUUCCGAAAUGGAAUACGAUUCAUUAAGUGCUAAGCAGCACAAACUUAAAAAGGAAUUGGUGUGCAUUGAGUAUCCCGGUAUCGUACGUAAUCCGGAUCGAAUGCUAGCAUCAAUGGGUGGGCAGAUGGAGAUGAGCAUGGCGAUUAGUUCUGAAAAGCGACGACUAGAGCUUCGCUUCCGACCGGAAUCAACCUAUGCCAAACCGUUGUUUGGUGAUCGUCACGUAACAGCUGGCCUAGUAUUGAAAAUAAAAACCCGUCGAAAGCGAAAUCAACCGAAUGAGGCUCAGGUUAAUGCGAUCGAAAUUGCUGGGCAUGUUAAUUUAAUAUUCAAAUUCGACAGCAUGUGCGACUUUCAGCUGCUGCCCGCAUUCCGCAAUCGUUCGGGUAUCGUGGAGUGUGCCUAUAAUCAAUUGGUUCCUAGUGGGGUUAUUACCAGUAUUCCCAAAGAAACAUCAGCAAAUAUUCCCUACUUUUUGCCACCUAUUUCGUUUAGUAGAUUCGACACCGCUCAGACGAGUAUUUUCAAGGCGAAAGACAUAUUGACAAAUAUGGUUGGCCCCGGUGAAAGGCAUCGCGCAAGUCGAACAAAGCAUGGAUUGUACAUGUCGUUUAGUUUAACCGAACCUCUUCCUAAAGAACCGAAUCCACUUGCAUUGCGAAUUAUUGAACAGAAGAGGAUUUCUAACGAAACAGUAGAAUUGAUCCGGAACAGUUUCAUGGAACGCCCAGUUUGGACAAAAUCAGCACUCAAAGGUACACUCCAGCUAAGCGAUGAAGAUGUUCGAUAUAUUUUGCCAGUGAUGGGACUUUAUUUCAUAAACGGGCCUUGGCGUGGAACAUGGGUACGAUUCGGAUACGAUCCACGAAAACACUUUGAAUCUCGAUUUUAUCAGUUACUGGAUUUUCGUGUGCGUGCGAUUGGCGCUCUGCACGAUAAAAUAAAAGUUAAAAGAGUGACAAAUGCAACCAAGCCGUGUAUGCGUUUUGCCAAUAGUCACUCAUCGACGCGUGACCCAGACAAAUUGAGUAUAGCCCGAACGGUGGCAGAACAAAGCAGUUUUUCUUUCACGAUGGAUACGCUACCUGUGAUGAGAAUUAUUUUCUAUCAGUAUUGUGACGUAAAGGUUCCCCGCAUUCAGCAGAUGUUGGAAAAAAUUCCUACUCCUUUGACGGGAGUGAUUUGCAACGAGAAGAAUGGAUGGCUACCACCACGAUUCGAUGAACAGUGCCGUGACAUUCUAACAGAUAUAGUACUGAGCAAUUUCCGAAAAGCCAAGGAGGCAGAUUCAAAUACCAGUGAAUUCGAAGAAACGGAAGGUGAUGAAACGGAAGUAACAUUCGACGACGAGGAGGAGAAUGAUGAGUCAGGUGAUGAAAGCUACGACGAAAAAAUUAUAUCCGAUAUGGAAUAAUCGCGAUUAUACUGCGAAUAAAAAAUUUUUUUUUAUAUUAAUACUUGUAUUCCUACUAAAACUGUACCGAUUCUAACUAAUU